AUGGCGAAUGGUGCUGCUGGAGGCGCACGCGGCGCCAGCCAGGGUGGCGACCCCUGGACGUGCAACGCGUGUGCAGCUGGCUACAGCAACAUGGCGUGGCGCACGGUGUGCAGGCUCUGCCAGGCGGCGCGGCCGCCGAGAGGCGCUGGCACGAUCGGCGACGCCAUCGACAAGGCCAAGGAGGUCAAGGCCAAGGGGAAGGCGAAGGCCGUGGCGAAGCGGGUGCGGUUCGCCUCGGAUGGGCCUGGCCCGUCCGCCGCCGCGGCCACGCCGGCGCCGUGGGCGCAGGGCGCGGCCAAGCAGGCGGCCGUGGAGAAGCCCAGCAGCGGCGGCGGCAAGGACGAGGAGGUCCGCCUGACCCUCCUCCGUCACUUUGGCCCCAGGGAGGGCUGGUCGGCGGCCCUGGUCCAGGACUGCGGGGCCCUGGUGCCCGAGGCCGACGUGCCGCCGCCUGCGAAGCCCUUGGCCGAGCUGUUUCUCCAGGCCCUCCUGGCCAUGGAGGCGAAGGUCAAGGGCCAGGUCGGCCGUGCCGAGACCAUGCUGGCGGCGGCCAAGGAGGAGCAGGAGGCUGCCGCGGCGCGCGUGGCGGAGCAGGAGGGCGUCCUCCAGAAGCGCCGUGACCAGCUGGAGGAGGUGGCCGAGGCGGUGCGCGCCAGGAAGCGCGCCGACCUGGCGCAGCACACAGGCCCGUCGCCCAUGGAGGUGGGCGAGCCCGAGGAGACGGGCGACCUGGGCAAGGCGUUGCUCAAGAGCCUCGAGGGCCUCGAGGCGGAGCGGGAGCGGGUGUUGCAGCUCGGGGAGGACGGCGACGCCCUGCUCGCGAUGGCCGCGGAGGCCCGCUGCCUCGUGGAGAAGCUCGCUGCCGCCGACGCCCGCGCCCGCGAGGCAGCGGCGGCCGAGCGUGCCCGUGCGGCCGCUGCUGCCGCCGAGCGAGCCGCCGCCGCGCAGGAGGCCGCCCCCGCGGCCGCUGGCGAGGUGGAUGGCGCUGCUGGUCCUCCUGGAGACCGCAAGCGCGUUGGUGACCUCGGCCUGGGCCCAGAGCUCGACGGGCUUGAUGCCUUGUUCGACGAGGUCGGCAUGGAGGACGAGCAGCAGCGGGAGGCGGUGGACGUGGUGGAGCUGGUGCCGGCCAAUGCCACCGCGUGGGGCUCCGCGCAAUCGCUGGUCGAGUGGCUGCACGACGGCGUGGGGCGGCUGCCCGAGGUGCUCUGCCUCCAGGAGCACCGCCUCAAGGGCAAGCAGGCGGUGGCCCGCGCUGCGGGCUGGAUGCAGGCGCGCGGCUUCAGCUGGCACGGCCAGGCCGCGGUGGCGACGGGCCCUGGGCCGCUGGAGGGCUCGGGAGGUGUGGCUGUGGCCACGCUGCGGCCGUCUGCGGCAGUCGUGACGCCAGGGCUCCCAGCCCAUCGGUUCCAGGUGUGCGAGGUGAACCUGGGAUUCAGGGAGCCGUGCUGCAUCAUCUCGUCCUACUUCAUCACGAAGAUAGGCAGGGCGAAGGAGAACAUCGGGCUCAUGGCGGCGCUGCUCGAGUACUUCGGGCAGCUGGAGUCGCCGUGGCUGGUGAUGGGUGACUGGAACAUGGAGCCCGAGGACGUCCGAGAGCGGGCACGCAGCGCGGGCGCUGCCCUUGUCGCCCCAGGGGGGCCGACCUGCGGCUCGAAGGUAUUCGACUUCGCUGUCGUUAGCCAGGUCCUCACGGGCUUCGUGGAGACGGUGGAGGUGCUGCUGCAGGCGCCGACGAAGGACCACGUGCCACUGAGGGUGGUGCUUCGCGGAGGGGAGCAGCCGCUCAAGGUCGGCUGCCAGGAGUGGUUUGAGGCGGUGGAGGCCUACCUGAUCGACCUCCACGAGAUCGUGCCGCCCAGCCGUUGGAAAGGUCGCUGCGCGGCGCCGCUGCGCAAGCAGCGUCAGGUGCUGGAGGCGUUCGAGCUCGAGUGGCCCGAUGACGGCCCGCUCGCUGGGCUGUCGGUCGCCCGCGUUGUCGGCCUGCUCAGUACCUCAUCGUGCAAGCUGACGGUGCAGUUCGCCCAGGAGGAGGCGAGGCGGCGCUGGAUGCAGGACAAGCAGCGGAGGGCUGCUGAGUGGCGCGCCUGGGCCCAGGCUGCUGCCACUGAGGGGGGCGGCUCGGCGGCCUACCGCUUCAUCUAG